AUGACAUCGCGGACGAGCAGCAACGGCACCCCCGUGGACGAGGUCGAGGAAGUGUUUCGGGUACUGCGCGGCCAGGAGCGCGUGGUGGGCGUAAUCGCCACCACGGCCGACGGGGCGCCGAUCAAGUCGACGCUCGAGGACGCCGCCGAGACCAGCCGGUACGCGCAGCUCGCGGCGGGCCUCUGCGACCAGGCCAGGAGCGCCAUGAGCGACGCGGGUCCCGGCGAGGAGCCGACGUUCUUCAAGAUGAAGACCCGCCACCACGAAGUCAUCAUCUCGCCAAGCAAGAGGUACACGCUCGUCGUGCUCACCGAAGUCCCACAGCCGCCACCCACCGAGGCCGGACAAUGA